AUGCAGAGCAGCAUCGUAGGUAGCAGAAUAAAUGGAAUCUUGGAGGGAGGAGGGAGGGAGGGGGAGGAGGGGGGUGUAGGGGAAGAGCGCCGCAGCAUUGAAGACGAGAGACCAUCAGGCGGGGCAGAGACUAAGUGGAAACUCGGCGCGCUUGUUGCACACCCAGGCACUACUAGCACUGGAAACCGGAAGUAUCCCUUUCAAGUCCCUUUCCUCGGCCUCUACAACUGCCAAAAUGGGGACGAGGCCGGAGGAUCGAUGCGGAAUCAAUUAGGGCAAGCCGCGUUCACGUGCAGCUGCCCCGGGCGCACGGGCCUCGAAUGCACACCCAACGCAUCCAAAAGGGGGCUAGCGGUGUGGCCCAAAGAGGCUAGACAGGGCGCGUGA